CCAAAAAAAAAAAAGAAAGACAACUUAAAUUUCUUGAAUCAAAUCGCAGAUUAAUAAUUAAUAAGAGUGAUUAAAGUUAAAUUUAAAUACUGAGGUCAUGGCCGAACUGAAGGCACCCUCACUGCAAUCGCUGCUGGAUUCAGAUCGCGGGUCCACUGACAGUUUGCUGGCAGAAUCCCUGCAACUGGAUUUUGACGAUCUAGAUGAUAAGGAAUAUGCCAUACCGCCCACAGAUGUUUUACCAUCAUUGGAGGCGGUAAUGAGUGAAUUUGAUACCGAAUUGGAUUCCGAUGUAGCCUCCGAACUGGGCAUGCCAAUGCCGACACCGUCCCCAUCACUGGUUGGUGAUGGUGAUAGCAUGCGAGCCGGUGGUGUGGGCGGUGGUGGUUCCAUAAUGCGUUACACACUUCUUCACGGCAUCUCGUCGCAGCUAUCAUCGGCCGCCGAGCGUGUGAAUGCUGGAGCAGCAAGCUGUUGUGCAGUUGCUGCCUAUAUAGCAGUGGGUACUUCUCAUGGCCAUAUACUCAAUUUCGAUGUGACACAAACAUUGAGAUGGGCCCAUCAGGAUAAGCACAGUCAGGGGUCUGUCUCCAGUUUGGCUUUCAAUGGUGAUUCCUCGCGUUUAAUGGCCGGUUACGCCCGUGGAUUGGUCAUUGUAAUGGAUACACAGACGGGAGAUGCUCUGCGAGAGCUAUUUGAAGUGAUAACACCCAAUACGGGAGUGCUGCAUGUGAAAUGGACAUCAAGAUCUUCUCUGGCACUGUGCGCCGAUGCCGGUGGUUCGGUAUGGUCCUUGAAUUUUACCCGCAAACUGGGCAUAAGAGGUUGCCAAUCGCGUUGCCUUUUCUCGGGUGCACGCGGCGAAGUGUGUGCCAUAGAACCGCUGCUAAUGGAAGGAUUAGGCAGUCGACGUCAUGAGUUGGAUCAAUAUUGCAUUGUGGCAUUGGCUACCCUAUCGAAAUAUUUUAUUGUCACCGUCCGACCAAGACUGAGAGUCAUCAAAUAUCAUAGUCUACAGGGUCCAGCAGAUUGUCUACCCCUCUUGGCCUGGCACUUGGUAUUAAUACAAGCCGCCGAUGCGACACGCUCUGUGGAUCCCGUCUUGGUGGUGGGACGAGGCAAUCAAUUAUUUUUCCAUCAACUAUUCGUUGCCAAUGGACGCAUUACGUUGCUCUAUUUGCGUCAUGUGCAAUUGCAGUCAAAUCUUCUCUCUGCCCACUGGCUGGGACCCAAAUGUGUGGCUUCUCUGGAUACCUCGGAAGUGGGUCAUUUGAUCGACGUACGUUCGAGCAAGGAAAUGGAGUGCAUGGAUAUGGCCAAUGCCGGUUUAGUAUACAAUUCCGCCCAAUUUAAGGGCCUCGCCACUGGCGGCAACGUAUCGCCGGCCUUUGCUUUGGCUGGAACAAAUGCCUGCUACAAUUCCAUAGUCUCACGAGGCACCCAAUUAUAUAUCCUGGGCAAUCAUUCCUUGCAUAUCAUUGGUGUGCGUUCGUGGUCGGAGAGAAUUAGCUUUCUAGUGAAGAACCACCGGUGGCAAGAGGCCUGCCAACUGGCGUUGGAUGGUUAUCUUAACUCAACAGAGCGUCCACGCAAACGUUUGCAGGCCAAAGAGAGGAUUAUACAACUCUUUAAGGAAUACAUAAGUAAUGCAUCCCGACCACCUCCAGAUUAUUGUCUCGGUUCCAUAAUCAAUUGCAUGAUUGUUAUUGGUGAAUUGGAUUUACUGUGGUCUGAGCUCUGGGAGCGUUUACAAAAUACCUCGAAAACCUCAAGCGAAUUAUUUCUACAACACAUCUCCGAACACAUUGAACAGGAAUCGAUACAUAGUCUCAAUCCAAUUAUAUCACAGGCUUUGGUUGAGUUUUGGUUAAAUCGUAAUCCCAUCAAAUUGGAGCAAUUAAUAUUGAAAUUAGAUUGGCUCUCAUUGGAUUUAAAUCAAGUUUUAAAGGCUGUUAAGCGGCAUAAGCUGUAUAAGGCGCAGAUAUAUUUAAAUACUCAGGCACUAAAUGAUUAUACAUCGCCAUUAACCGAACUUUUGCCCCUUGUGACGACAGCUGGGCUGGAGGAAAGAUAUUUGGGUAAUUGCCUUUUGGUCUAUAUAUCCAGUUGUCUGGCUGGUCGUGGUUUUCCCAGUGGCGAUAUACCACUUGAGCAUAGACAUCAGGUCAAACACGAUGUUCUACGCUGUUUAACAUCACAACAUUCCAGAGAUAAAGAGAUUGCCGAUGUCGAGGAAGAAUUACCCUAUCCAUAUUUAAGAACUUUAUUAAAAUUCGAUACUCGCGAAACAUUAAAUGUCAUUAAUUUGGCCUUCCAGGAGCGAGAGUUUAGCAAUGAUUUGGGCUAUUCAUAUCGGAAAAGGAUUAUCAAUUUGCUAUUGGAGAUUAUGACACCGGAAAAUGCCACAUGGGCGGAAAUCGGUUGUUUGUUGAACUUUAUUGCCCAACAAAUAUCGCAACAAUGUUUGCCCUGUGAUAAACAUUUACUCGAACGAGUCCUCAGCUAUUUGGCCCAGGAGCAUAUAGCAAAUGAAUCGAGUCGCCAGCAUUCGGAACGUGAAUCGGCUUGGCAUGAAUUGUUAUCGCAGAAUUGUCUAAAUCAAAUAAGCAGCGAUGAGGAGCAAUUACAAUUGGCCAAGAAGGCCAAAUGCUAUUAUGUUGAGGAAUAUUUGUUGGAGAAAAUGAAAUCAUAUGAUCAUAUAUUGGAUUGUUACAUUAAGAAUCCCUCAAGACAUGACAUGAUGUUUGCCUAUAUGGAACGGCAUGUACAGGAGCCAGAACGAAGAAUAUAUGAUCAGCUUAAGGAUAAUCUAAGGCAAAUGCUUGACAUAAAUGCACAACAAACGACUCGUCUGGUGGCUUUACACUAUCCCGAGAGAAUAAGCGAAUUAAUUGAUCUAUUGUCGAGUCAAAAGGACGAUGCAAAAUAUCUUUUUGUAUUAUUGCAAAAUUUAAUUGAUAGACAAACUCAAAUGGAUGCCAUGCAAAUAGAAUUAUUAUUGCGUUUAUAUUGCCAAUUGCAGACGCCCGAACAGAUUGAAGAAUUCCUGAGAUCUCAUGAGGGUUAUCGCUUGGACAAAGCCAUUGAAAUAGUAGAGAGUUGUGGGCCAUUGAAACGAUCUGUGAUCUAUCUAUAUGAGAAACAAGAGUCAUAUGCAAAGGCUUUUGAUCUAUCUAUGGACAUGCUACGCGAAGCUGACUCGACAAAUCAAGCCUCAAAGGAGGCCCAGGAGAUAUCGGCUCUAUUGGGGCGAUCGGUGAAAACAUUGCCAACUGCUCAGCUAGAGCGUUGUUGGUUUAGUCUAUUGCAAUACAUUCUACCUCAUCAGGAGUUACAAUCUCUGACCAAGUCUCUGCUGCAUGAGGCAUCCCAGCAUAUCGAUUUGCAUAAUCUGGUCCAGCUAAUCAUGCAAACGCAUAAUGUUUCGAGCAGUUUUGGUGACAUUAAGGAUCUGUUAAUGGGAAUGCUGGUCAGUUCGCGUCAACAGACCGAGGCUCUACGCACAGCUAGUGAGAUUUUAUGCCAAGAUUUGCAUAAAGACUUUGUUGAGCAACAGAAACUAUCACGUCGUGGUUUAUGGAUAACCAGCUUAAGAUGUUCCAUAUGCCGGCAAAGACUUGGUGGCGGUGCCGCCGAUUCGACAGUAUUGAUAAUGGGUAAAUGCGGACAUUCCGUCCAUGAGAAAUGCCUUAUCGAAAGGCAAGAGGAACUCAAAGAAGACGAUGAACCAUGUCCACGCUGUGCAGCAAUGCCAGCACCGCUGCCAUCGACUCCUUCGCCUGCCUCUCAUCUAAGGCUAAAUGAUCAUCACGAUGAGAGCCGUAUGAGUCCAAUGCGUCUGCCCUGCCCCAGUCAGCAUUUAUUGAGUCAAUCCUCUGCCCUCGAAUUAGGCGCACUGCAACUAAAGGCUCCACCCAGACGCUUCUAUUAAAUCCAAUUGUACUUGUAUUAUAUAUAUAUAUAUAUAUUCCAUAU